GGUUUAUUGCAUGUGUGUGUUUCUUGGUAUAUGAUUUGGUGACGACAGAACGGCAGGUUUGGGCAGGGGUGGCGUGUGUGACGUUUUGUGUGAGGGGAGUAUCCUGAGCUCCCUGCGCUCAGUCAUUCACUCAGGCUCACACACACACACAGAGGAGAUAUUGCUCACCGGUGCUGACACACACACACACGCACACAAUUACACACAAAGAGGCAAAAGAGACAACAGCAAGGGCUCAGAAGUAGCAGAAAAGCAAGCGAGAAGAAAACGUGUGUGAGAAGUGAGGGAGCAACAGAGGGCCCAAGAAAAGAAGAAGACAAGAGUAAAGAGAAGAUGACAAUUGGCAAGAACUCCAGGAAGAGCUCUGUGCGGAGCUCCAUCCGGGCCCCAAAGUUUCUGGACAAAUCCAGCGGCUUCUACGGUCGCCUUGAUGAGCCUGAGACCACUAGAGAAGGGGAGGAGGUGAUUGGAAAAGAAGUGGAGGAAAGGUGGAGUGGGACGGAGGAUGGCAGCAGAGAGGGGGGAGUUGUGAGCAGCCCGAGCCCACGUGUGGUGCACAUUCCUGGGGCAGAUGAAAGGGAAGAAGCUGAGGCAUUUGACUUAAAUGAAGGGAUGAUGGAAGACGAUGGUGAGAGUCUCCUGCGCAGGAAACCCAGCCGCCGCAGCAGCAGGUGGAGAAGAAGCUCCAGGAGGAAGCAGAAGGAGGGGAAAGCUGAGGAAGACACAGCCAGAGAUGAGAGGCCCAGCCUGGGCACAGAGAGUAUGGCUGACACCCACAUCCUGGAGGACACCAAAGCGAUGAUCGAGGUGGAGAUGGAGAAACUGAAGACGAUGGAGGGAGAAAAUGAGAAUGCAAGAAGAGGGAAGGAGCCUGAGCUCGUUCACUUUCCGGUUCGAGAGGAGGCGGAUGACCAGGUCCUGAUCAGAGACAAGAAGAGGGGUAGAGAGGAGGAAGGAGAGGAGGAGAAGAGGAUGAAGAGGGAGCAAGAGGAGGGGAUGAAGAUGGUGAAGAGGAACGCGAUAAAGAGUUACCGCAAGGCUUUGGACAGAGCGUUUCGUCGCGGCUGGGAGGCCUUCGUCACCAACCUCUACAGUGUCACCCUCACGCCUGUGACAUCCUCAUCAUCUGCGAGCCAUCUUCAUGUUCAUCACUGAAAAAACAAUUGAACAAGAGAAUGAUAUGGACAAUUACCCCCAAACCAUAAUAUCUAAAUAUCUUCUAUACUGUAAUCUGAUGCAGUGUUUCGGACAAACUUGCCCGUUUGACAUUUACCUUCACUUGGGACUUUUAUAGUCACAUGAUGUGUUUCAGUCAUGCAUUAGGUCUUAGAAACAUUUCAAACUAAUUAUUUAUGUUAUUUAGAGUCUUAAUUACUCAGCAUAAAGUUGACUGCCUUACCUCAUAAUGCAGAUUGUUAGUUUGAUACUGAUCAAUCAGUUAAGUAAUCAAUUAAUGUAGGAGCUGCAGAAGUCCAGCUAUUGAUUUUGUGAAGUCGAUGGGUCUGGCUUGAAUGGAAAAGUUCAGUCUUCAGGUGACUGAAUUCAGUGGCUUCUGGUUUCAUUCUUCUAUGUUGCUAAUUUCAGAUUUUAGGUCAGUUGUGUAAGCCAGUCUUCACAUCUUAGAGCCUUACAUCAGGUCCGCUAUUAAGAGCUAUGCUUCUGUUGGUUUAGCACUAUGAAACUAGUAAAAGUGUUGAUGUGUAACCAAAAAGAGAAAAAAAAGGAAAUUGUUCAGUGAAUAGCAAUGACUGAUUAGUGGACAUGUGUUCUGGAAAUAUUCACAUUUCUGUGUGUUAAUGAUUGCUUUCUGGCAGCUAAUCAUUAAUGAUAGAUUAAGAGUCUGGAGGACACACACAAAUCACUGCAGUUUUUACCAGUCGUAACCAUUUAAACCCAGGGUUUCUCCAAUCUGUGUGUGCACAGAAAUAAGUAGGACAUCUUGUCUGUGUUUGACUUCUCACUGUGAGUACUGAUGAAGGUUCAUUAACCUGAAGAGACAAGACAGGAAAGUGUUUUCAUGUUUGAAAGAGAGAAAAUGAAAAAAAAGUCGUUUAUAGAGUUAUAAAUCAAUCCGAAAAACAAAAACAAAACCAACUUUAUGUCUUUUUAUUGUUACAAUUGCAUCUGCACACCAUAUGCAUUUUCAUUUGAAAAAAGUACCCCAACCUAAAGGUCAAAUAGUAUUUAAGAACUAAGCUAUAACAGCAGCCGGGGUCAAGAAGACAUAAUAUAAUGGUCCAGGAGAUUUUACAAUUAAUCCACAAUUUAGCCUUACUAAAAUGAAACAUAUAAUGUUUAUAAUAGGUCUGCUAUAAUUCCUUGUUAUCUGCUAUGUAUUUCUUUUUUAUAUUACCCAAAUUGUGGUAAAUAUAAAUGUGGUAAUUUUUAUAAAAAAUCUUUUUGUAUCCUAAUCAAACCUUCUGAAGUCAUGGACCAUAAAAAGAAGCACUUGUUAUGUGAGAGUAAAUAAAGAAACUGUCUCUGUGAA